AGAAUUUACGGUUAAACCUUCAUAGGCAUAGGCAGCUAACAUUAGCAUUUCGUUUUGAUUACAGAUGAUCAUGCUUUGUUUCGUGAUUGAACAAUAGUAACGUAUAGCCUAAUAGUAAAUUAAAAGAUGCAAAUGGACCGGGUAGUGAAGACGUCAUAUGUCCACUAGGAGAGAGAUGCAUUUGUUACGGUUUCAUUUUCAUUUUCUGCUUUGUUGCUCAUUCACUUUCGAUAAAUGAACGGCUCUAUAUGCUGCCUUAAUUAUCCAACCUAACAUAUUUCCACACUUCAAGAGUUAUUUUCGACUUCUGGCAACAUUAAAGUAGUGAAGACUGCUAACUGCUACAUACCAUCCGUAUCAUGUAGCAUACCUAGCGUAAAGACAUCCGUGGGUGUAGUAAAAAGAUUCGAUGGACGUCAACAAGUGCCCCAGGACCGAGAACACCCGGUGCCCUCGGCUGGAAUGAGCAGUUGCAGGAACGACAGUUCCCAGAUGAAAGCUGCCCUGCAGCAUAACAACCCCAUGGAGGGUCAGAGCGUUGAACAUCGCCCGUGUAGCAAAGUGCCUGUUGGAGAUCUGCUCGGCAUUCCAGGCACUGAACCACUGCACACAAACCGUGAGAGUGAUCAGGAAAGAACGGGAAAUGAAGCUAAAGAGAAGAAAGUUGGCGCAAGGGGAGCGUGUGGGGGUUCUGGGCGGGAAGGAGAGAAGUGGGAUGAAGCGACUGGAGGGGCAAGGGGUGAGGAGAAGAGGUCUUACUGCUGUUGUCUCCGUGAGCUGAAGAGGGUCCCCAAGUGUCACGUGGAGUUGGAGCCGCUGGCCUUCAGCAGAACUCACACCAUUUUCAUUGAUGUGAAUGAGUUCCGUGAAAGCAGGAAAUUGAGACCUCAGCCUGGACAACCUGUGUGGCACAAAGACUUUGUUAAGAUGCCCUUCUCACCAGAAUGCCACAUCAGAAAGACUGGAUUUGUGUCCAACACUGAGGUUGUUAGAUGGCAGGAGGUCUCCAAACAGCUGGAUAAUCUAGCCAGGAAGACUAACGCAUCAGUGGCUGACAUAGAGAAAGCCAUUAAGAAAUACAACCCCAAGUAUGAAGACCAAUGGUCCUUUGACGCCCUGCACGCGUUUGUUCAGAAAGCACCUAAAGAGGAGAACUACUACAGCUCUGUUCUUCCAAAGAUGGCAAAGCUGGCCUCCAAUCUGCCUAACUGGAUCCCAAAGGCCAUCCCCCUGCUCCAGAAGGGCCAGUCUCGGUCCAUCACAUUGUCCCAGAUGCAGAUAGCCUGUCUGCUGGCCAACGCCUUUUUCUGCACCUUCCCCCACCGCAACUCCCAGAACCCCAGAGCCGAGUACCACAACUACCCCACCAUCAACUUCAACAGUCUUUUUGGGGUGUGGUCUGAGAAGAAGAGAGAGAAACUGAGAGCCCUUUUCCAUUACUUCCACACUGUCACAAACCAAGCAACCCAUCUCCAGGGGCUUGUGACCUUUGAGAGGCGCUGCAUCAGAGACAAGGAUAUGCCCAACUGGAUGAGUUGUAAGGAGACGUUGCCUAAACUCUACAUCACCUCAAAAGGCUGCAUAGAGGAAGAGGGAACAGGGAUGCUGCAGGUGGACUUUGCAAAUAACAUGAUCGGAGGUGGUGUGUUGGGGUCAGGCCUGGUUCAGGAAGAGAUUCUGUUCUUGAUGAACCCAGAACUCAUUGUAUCUCGACUCUUCACUGAAAGACUAGGAGACAAUGAGUGCCUUUUCAUCAAAGGUUCUCAGCAGUUCAGUGGGUACUGUGGCUAUAGCGACACAUUUGAGUGGGCGGGACCCCACAGAGAUGACAUUCCUAGGGAUGAGUGGAUGAGACUACACAGGCAGAUUGUGGCCAUUGAUGCUCUCCACUUCAGACAAAUGAGAGAGCAGUACAACAUGGGUCAGAUCACCAGGGAACUCAACAAGGCAUACUGUGGCUUUAAGCCGGAUGACAACAUUCCCUCUGAUUAUAUACCUGACAUUGCCACAGGCAGUUGGGGAUGUGGGGCUUUCAAUGGAGACCCCAAGCUUAAAGCCCUGAUCCAGCUGAUGGCGGCAGCCAAGGUACAGAGAAACGUGGCCUUCUUCACCUUCAACAACGUCAGCUUGGAGAAAGAUCUGAAGAACAUGUACGACCUACUGGUCUCACAGAAAACUACAGUGGGUAAGCUGUAUGAGUUACUUGGCGAUUACUGUGCUGUGACGCGUCUGACCAGCUCACCUGUGGACCUGUCUGUGUGGCUCAGGAACACCCUGGAACCCAGGAGUCAGCUAAGUAAGCCACCUGCCUCAAGACUAAUAAAAUGAAGGAAUUUAUGUCAGGAAGAUCAGGAGAUCUGGUUUGUUGUACAGUCCUUGUCUCAUGGAGCUCUAGCAGCCCUUUGUGAUGCUUUGGGCUCCGGCAAGCUCAAUGUGGUUGUUGGCUAGAGAGGGCUUUCACCUCCAUCACAUGCGCCUGUGUGAAAUACCUAGUCGAGUCCUGACCUUCGACUCUCUUCCACCCACUGUGGAGUUGCUGCAGCUAGUUUAGGCCGUAGAAAUUGGGAAAUGAAAAUGUUUUGUUAAACUUAAGUGCUAUUAUCCUAUGCACAUUAAAAUGUUCUGUUGUUAUUAUAAAUUACAGAUUUUUUAAAUUAUAACAUUUCUCUGAUGAUAGCCAACAAUGUAACCACAAAGUGUCCUUCAAGAUCCUCUGUACCUUAUUACUUUAACAUAAACAACAUUAUGAAAUUCCUGAAUAUAAUGACACACUAACAUGGAGAAUUUCAUGUCUUUAUUGAAUGAUUACAUGAUAAAGAACAAAUAAAGAACACAGUACAAAAAUAAAUAAAUCAUUUACA